CGGCUAGCGGUCGUUAUUUGCUGGCUAUUGAAUCGGGAGGGAGGGUUUGGGGCAGCAACUGGCAGUCAGCGUCUCUGUCUCUCUUUGCUUCUGUCUCUCUUUCUUCUCCUGUCGCUGCUGCUGCUGCUGCUGCUGCUGCUACCUCUAGUAGUAAUCAAGAACCAACAAGCAGCAACCCCAUCUUCGUUGCUGCUGCAAAUAAACUGCAAAUCCUGCUCCCAGUCCCCUUCAAACACCAGCUACGGAAACUGCUGCUUGCGGGGCGUGUUGCCGAUGCCUUGGAUCAGCUCAAUGCCAACUUCUCUUCAAAGGACCCCAGACGUGGGGAGGCUCUGGGUCAGUUCCACUUGCUGGCGGGUUGGAGCCGUUUUUCUUCUUUGAAUUUUGCAGCGGCAUUUAAACACUUCUGUCACGCGCCUCUCGAUUUGGGGCAUCUGCUGGCUUUCUGGCGUCGGAUGUGGCCUUCGUGGCUGGAGAUGCCUUUGCUGAAGGAGACUGAAAAUUUGCUUCAGCAUAAUCCCCCUUCAUUAAUACCACCCCCCAAAGAGCUCCCAGACUUCGUCAGAGAUAUUACAACCAGGGAGAGAAAACCUACAGAAACGGAGGGGCAGCUAAAAGCGAAGCAGCAAGUCCUUGUGGAGAUGGCGAACGGCGCUCUCUGUUCUUUCCUUUUGAAGCAGCGGCAGCUCCUGCGCUGCGACUACAACGGAUUUUGCAGGUUCAGCAUCAGCAGCAGCAGCAACAGCGCCUGCUCUGCUGCUGCUGCUGCUGCUGCUGCUGGAGCAACUGAAGCCCGGCAAAAGCAGCUGCUGCUGCUGCAGGCCAUCGACACCAUCCUCGUUAAGCUGCUUGUGGAAGCAGACGACAUUCGGUGGCAGCAGCUGCUGCUUCCGCCGCCGGGCUCGUUGCUGCUGCAGCAAGAGAAGCAGCAGCAUCAACAGCAGCAGCAGAAGCAGCAAUAUUUGGGCACUCGGGGCGAACUGAGGAGGCGAACUGAGGAGGCGAUGGAGCUGCUGGUGCAGCAGCAGAAAGGUAGAAGACAAGCUGUGUACGUACAUUACAGAACAGACUCAAAUGCGUCUCCUUACAAAACGGAAACAGCAAUCUCUCCCUCUGACCAGAUGCUGCUGUUGCUCCAGCAGGUGGUGCAGCAACAGCAGCAGCAGCAGCAGCUGCAGCAGCAACUGCAGCAACCCGAGCAGCAGCAGCAACAGCAGCAGCAGCAGGAGCAAGCGGCAGCACUGCUUCGGCGGUUUGCCCCUCUCGUUCUGCCAGCAAACCCUAGGAAGACACUCGAUCUAUUCAUGCAAAAGGGAUAUUGCCCCCUGCCUGCUGCGGAGGUGCUGCUGCUGCUGCAGGGUUUGCUGCGGGACCCGCAAAUAGAGACAGAGCUCGCUUCAAUCUACAUUGACCGAGCUUUAGCAGCAGCAGCAGAACGAGCAACAGCAGCAAAGGGAGCAGCAGCAGCAGAAGGGACAGCAGCAACAGCAGGAGAAGCAGCAGGGGCGCCAGGCGCAGCAGCAGCAGCACCUGCUGCUGCAGCAGAUGAACAAAGAGAGCGGCUUCGCUGUUUCCUGCAGCAGCAGAGCAGCUACGAUGUCCAGAGCCUACUGAAGAAGGUGGCAGGGUCUGAGUUGAUUGAAGAGAAAGCAAUACUCUACGGCAAGGCAGGGGAGCACGAGGCUGCUCUUCUUUGCUUUGUAAAGGACAGGAAAGAUGUGUUAGCAGCAGAGCGCUACUGUGCUGCAGCAGAGCAGCAGCUGCAGCCGCUGCUGCUGCAGCUGCAGCAAACAGAGUACGAAGAUAUGAAGAAAAACGAAAAACUGUGGUGUAUCCCCAUUGCAAAGGCGCAGCAACAGCAGCAGCAGCAACAGCAGCAGCAGCAACAGCAGCAGCAGCAACAGCAGCAGCAAGGAGCGAAUAAGCGUACAUGUGGAUUGCUGUUGCUGCUGCUAAAGGUCCUGCUCCAAUGCUGGCGCGAAGCCUCGGCUGAAGCAGCAGCAGCAACAACAACAGCAGCAGCAGCAGCAAACGAUGCUGCAGCAGAUGACACAGCAGCAUCAGCGACUUCGCAUGCAGCAGCUGCAGCAGCGGGAACAACCGGAGCAGCAGCAGCAGCAGCAGCACCUGCAGCAGCAACUGCAGCAGCAGAUUUUUAUUUACAGAAUGCCUUGCUGCUGCUGCAGCGGCAUGCAGGGUCUCCUUCUCUUCCGCUUCGCUCUGUUUUUAAUUUGCUGCCAGGGGAUUUGCUGCUGCAGCAGCUGUCUCCUUUUAUUCGGGUGUCUAUACAGCAGCAGCAAAAUGCUGCUGCUGCUGCUGCUGUGCAGGAGAAGCUCUGCAGCGCCGACUACCUCAAUGUAUAUACCCAAGCAGCAGAAGAGAAAAGCAAAUGGAUUGAAAUCAACCAGGAAACAGCCUGUCCUCAAUGUGCUCGAAGAAUUGGAGGCCGAGGGUUUGCGGCUUUGCCUGAUGGCCGUUGUCUGCAUGUGCAGUGCAGCGAGGGUUUGGAGUGUACGUACACCUAA